AUAAAAACGAUAAAAUACGUAAGUAAAAUAAACUCGUAUUUUUUUUGUUUUGUUUUUUUUUCUCUCUCCUUAAUAUUUUUAUUCUUUCAAAAGAUAAUGUACUCACCUCCAGAAUCUGAAUAUCAUCUUGAAUCGCCUACUAAUAAUAAUGAACAAUUCAACUCUAUGACAUCUCAUACAACUGUUAGUGCUGUUCCUGUUGUACGAAACAAUCAUUUCUUUAAUUACAAUAAUCAACGACAAAGUCCCUCUUUUGCUUCUGCUAUGAAUUCACCACCUAAUAAUCAACCAGCAUGGUUUGGUAGUACAAGUUUUGAUUCUACAUCGUCCUUUGGACAAUCCCCGACUACCACAAAUCGAGAUGAUUUAAUUAUCAUUUCACCUUCUAAUUCAACUGUUUUAACUGAAGAAAAUAGUGAAGAAUUAAUUCAGCAACAACAAAGAAAUCUUCAAGAAAUAUUUGAAAAACGUCGUCGGAGAAGAGAAUCGCAUAAUGCAGUGGAACGAAGAAGGAGGGAUAAUAUUAAUGAACGAAUCCAUGAGCUUUGUAGUUUGUUACCAGAAAGAUUAAUUGAUACAGCUCCCACAAGUUCAAAUGUUAUGGCCAUUGCUUCUGCAGGUCAAGUAGGCGCCAAUGGAAGGGCGAUCAACAAAGGAACUAUUUUAAAACUUUCAGUUGAUCACAUAAAGGAACUUCGAGAAGAAGUAAAUCGAUACCAAGCUAGAAUUAUAGAACUAGAGGAAAUGAUUGAAGGAGCUAAAAAGAAUAAUACAAGACAUCAAAGAGGAAGUUCAAUACAAUUUCAGCAGCAAUUUAAUAACUUACAUAUUGAUAAUUCAUAAACUUUCAAUAAAGUGUUUUCACAGUUUUGAAAAUGAAGCUAUUUUUUUUUUAAUUUUUAUUUAAUUCAUCUGGCUUUCAAAUUUAUAAUAAAGGUACCG